AAAAUCAGAUUUGACAGCCUCACUUCGCUCAUUUGUUUAUUAAACAAAAAAGCCCAAAGAGACCGACAAAUAAGACUAAUUACAACAAAAAAUAUAAUAUUCAUACGCUGAAAAAAAUUAAGUGCAAAAGCGCGCAAAACUUGCAUCACAGAAUGCUGCGUUGCAUACGUUUUGGUGAGGUGCUGCUCGACGAGACUUUCCGGACGUUCCUAAUAUGCAAUCAGUGCCAGACAGAGUUUGUGGAAGUUCCAGAAUUCCGCGUACAUCUUGCGUCCAGCUCUUGUGGCCAGCGGCUAUUUAAAGAAGAUGUGGUUGGCUUAAAGUUUGGAGCAGCGCAAGUCACGCGAACUGGCAAAGAAAAAACCUAUUUGUUGUAUAAUCCAGCGGAUAUACAAUUAGCGACUACAGAACCAGUAAUUAGCGCCGUAACGCCGAUGGAUGGUGGUGAUGAUGCCUACUUAGACUUAAUGAAAAUCGAAGAAGAGCUACUUGAUCCGCGCUGGUACACAGAUAUUGCAGGUGCACAAUCUGAUGUGGGCAGUCCUCAACCGGCUCCAACGUUACCCGCAUCCAGUAACACCAAUAAGCCGAUGGAAUACAAGGAACUUGUGAAGGCUGUAGGGCCGUAUGUGCAAUUCAAAGAAAAUGCAAUAAAAAGGAAAUCAGAGGGCAUAACAGUAAGACGUUUUCAAACCAAAACAAAUAAUCCCGCUGCUAGCGUAAAAAACCCAGCGUUGCCAGCAAAAGACAAGCAAAGCACCGACCAACCAGCAGGGCGCUUGUUGAAUCCAGCGGCAAAACGGAAGUUAGACCUGGCACCCAAGCACGUGCAGUUUAAUGACCAGGUCAAUGUGAAAUAUGUUAUAAAUGAACGAUUGUGCACCAAUGUAGCACUCAGUAAACGCACCUUAACUCAAAAUUCCGAAAAAAAUGAAAAAAAUUUUGCGACUGAUGAGGCAGUACUUAAGCGGCGUAGAACAAUAACGAUACCAAUAGAUCAAGCAAAUAUACAACCAGACUUUCAGGAGCGGUUUGUUAAACAAAGUUCAAAUGUGCCAAAAACGGCAGUAAUACGUAACAAUGCUGCUACAACUUCAAGCACCACAGCAACUACUAAAAUAAUUACAAAAUCCAACAGCGUCACUACAGUUGUUGGUGGUGCCAACUCAAAAGGGAUUGCUAAUGCAAAAGCUGUUCCAACAACAUCUGCAACUCAAUCUGGCACGCAAACACAUAUCAAAACGUUGGUGCCUAAUCCGCUGGUAAUGCACAAACAAAUAAAUGGCACUAAAACCCCAAUAACAACUACUGGAAUGGCUGUCAAAAAUCCUAUUACCUACUCGAAAAUCAACUCGAACGGCAUGAAAAGUGAAAAAGUUUUACCUAAGCCGAAUGCGUCUAUUGUAGCCAGUCAAGUAGUGCCAUCAGCUGCAAGACCAAAGCAACGCGCUCUUAGCCUAACCGCCACAGGGCCAGUGCAGCCACCAAUUUUUGCAACUGCAAAUCAAGCAGCACCUCCUGCGCUGGCUCCAUUAUCAAGCAAUAAAGUUGCUAACACUACCGCCAUAAUCGCUGCAAAGACUCCCAUUGAUGCGCACCAGCAAACCAAUGAUAUACUCAAUAAGUUACAAACACGGGGACUGCAGGUGAAGCGCACGCAACCGUGCGCAAUCGUGGCCAAUACCGCUCAUACAGGACAACAGAACAAAACUAUGGAGUUACUGCAGAAACUUCAAUCCAAGGGCAUGAAGGUGAAAAUACUCAAUGGUAAGGAGACUAUGAGUGCCGCAGCAGCGUCAGGGGCGCAAAUAACUGCCAGUAUUAAUUUACCAACCACAACGGCAAGCACAAAAAUGGUAAGCAAUGUGCGAAAUGUGGAAUCAGCCAUUGGAAAACAAAACAAGACAAUUUUAAACAAUAAGCUCAUUAUUAAGAAAGUAAAGUAAUAAUAGAAAAACGCAGAGUAAUUGUAAAAUUGUAUGUUGGUCUCGUAGCGUACAUUCGUAAAUAACAGUAUAAACGCAUCUCGAACGAUAAAUGUUGGGUUGUUAGUUUUUAUAAAAGUUUAACUUAACUAUUUGAUUUUGUUUUUAUUUAGGUAUAGUACAAAAAUGCGUAUUAAUUUGACGUAGGAAAGCUCGAAUACUUUUCAUAAUUGAGUUUUAUAUGUUGUCAUAUUCAAAUUAUUUUUUGAAAUAGUCUUGAUGUAACGCUUAAUAUUUAAGCAAUGAAUUACGCGUCACUAAAUGUUCACUGUUCUUUUGUGUAAAUGUUUUUACACACAUUCGCUGACUCAGCUUGUGCCCGAAGCUGUGAAAUAUAUGAAAAUAAAUGGUUUUCAAAAAAUUUGUUUAAAAACG